AGCACACAUCCCGCAUCCCAGUGCUCCUGUCUCGCCGUUGCUCCGACGAGGCCCCCGCCGCCGCCGGCCGACCCCUCUUCUCUCGGAGCAAUCCAACGAAGGCAGCCGGCCGCACGAGGAGCUCCCGGCUGCGGCACGCUUACCUUCCUCCUCUCCUUCCCAAGCGUCCUCCUGGGUCCGGGCCCGCGCCCGAGCGCGCGCGGCGGCGUCGAACCCGCCUCCUGCUUCAUCCCAUCGGAGCUCGCCAGCCACGGAGGGAGGGACUCGUUUCCUCGCAUUCAUCUUCGCCGUCGACGGCCUCGUCGUACUCCAGGGGUUGGGUUGGCCUCGACUGGAGUGGAGAUCAUCCCACACCAGGGAUUGAAUUCGUUUGCCGAUGGAUUCCGCAGCUCUUCAAUAUGAAAACCAAAAGUUGGUGCAACAAUUGGAGGCACAGAAGUCUGAAAUGCAUGCAUUGGAGGGCAAGUUCAAGGAGCUGAGAGAUGAGCAAUGUUCUUAUGACAAGACUUUGAUUUCGCUGAAUAAAAUGUGGAAUCAGCUGAUUGAUGAUUUGGUCCUGCUUGGGGUACGGGCUGGUGGGGAUUUGGGCAAUUUGCAAGCACUUGACCAUGAAGAGUUAUCAGAAGAUUCUUUUGAGUCAUGUCCUUCUGAGGAGAUAUUUCUCUUGAGGCUCUUGAAGUCCAGCAAUUUCAAACAUAACAAUGAAAAUAGCUUGUUGGAAUUUGUUGAAGAAACUCUUGCUUUUCGCCGUUCGGUAACUGUUACUCUCAUGAAGUCCCUGCAAGAGGCAAUUUGUUCACAUCAGGCUAGAAGUGAAUAUUUAGCUUUGGCUUUUAAUGGACAAAAGUCAAAUGAAGAUGUUAUCGUUGCCCUUCAAAACCAUAAUGACCAUUUGAAAGAGGUUGUUGAGAAUGCCAGUCAAGCUAUUUCUAUUAUUAAUGAGAAGCACAAAAGGUAUCUGGAUGAGAUUGAGGCUUCCAAAAGCAACCAUUCAAGGGAGCUGCAGGAAAUUAAGCGCAUCUCAGGUGAGCUAGAGGAAAGCAUGGCCGAGCUUGAGUUAAGUCGACGGAAGUUGGUUGUGCUCCAAUUGCAGAGACAUGGUUCUGUCAUGGAUGCAUCCGAUGCAAAUGCUGUGAAUGGAGGCAUUUCUACUGAUAAAUCUUCGGACAAAAGUAUGAGCUGGCAAGACCUCAAAGAUGCUGUUGAUGCAGCUAAGACCCUCGCAGGAAACCGUCUAUUAGAACUCCAUCAGACGCAAGAGGAUAAUCUAAUACUGUCCAAGGAACUUGGAGAUCUUGAGGGGCAAUUGAAAGAUGAGAACUAUGUUUUAGUAUCAAAACCAUACGCAAUUCUUAAUGAUCAAUUACAGAAUCUGAAUGCGGAGAUAGAGCGCUGUAGGGGGUUAGUUGAAGUUUUACAGAAUGACAAGGACCAGCUCAUGCAAAAGGAGAAAGAAAUUUGUGCAAAAGCAGAAUCAUUCGACAGUAUUAAACAAACUAUCGCCACUUAUGAGACCAAAAUUGAAGAACUGGAAAAUCAAAUUCAGAUAUUCAUAUCUGAAAAGAAUGAUCUUGAGACCAAGGUUGAGGAAACUUUGCAAGAUUCAGGCAAGAAAGACUUCAAGAAUGAGAUUCAUGUUAUGGCUGCAGCACUCUCCAAUGAGCUGGGAAUGAUGGAGAAUCAGUUGAGUAGAUCAAAGGAUGCCGCUUCUGAAGCACUUGCAUUACGUGAGCAAGCGGAGUCAUUAACAUCAUUAGUAGCUAAGAAGAUUGAGGAACAAAAGGUGAUAUCUGAUACAUACAACUCACAACUAAUUGAGAUCAAGUCCCUCAAAGCAUUGGUUGAGGAGUUGGAGAAGGAAAAGCAGGAGCUGCAAUUUAUUGCAGAUAUGUACGCAAAAGAAUGUUCUGAGUCAAGAACAAUUGCUGAUAUUGAAGAAUCAGAAAACCGAGCUCGCAAUCAGGCUGAAUAUUUGAAGAGCAAUCUAGAGGAGCAUAGUCUUGAGCUUCGAGUGAAAGCAGCAACUGAAGCUGAAGCUGCAUGCCAGCAAAGGCUUUCCUUUGCUGAAGCAGAACUGGAAGAGUUAAGGGCCAAAGUAGAUGCUUCUGAAAGAGAUGUUGUGGAACUCAAGGAGGCAAUAAGAAUUAAAGAGGCUGAAGGAGAUGCCUAUAUUUCUGAUAUUGAGACAAUCGGUCAAGCCUAUGAAGACAUGCAAACACAAAAUCAGCAUCUUCUUGAACAGCUCGCGGAUAGAGAGGACUUUAACAUAAAGCUGGUAUCGGAUAGUGUGAAGAUGAAACAAGCUUCGAGUUCCCUUCUCUCUGAAAAGCUUAUGUUAGAGAAGCAACUCCAGCAAGUUAAUACUUCCCUGGAGUCAUCCAAACUGAAAAUGAUCCGUGGUGAAGAGCAGAUGAAGAUUUGUGUGGCACAAGCGAUAAAAACUUCAGCUGAAAACAGACAUCUUACAAUUAGCCUGGAAAGGACUGCGCUGGAGGUAUCUAACACAGAGAAGGAGCUCAAGUGGCUUCGGUCCUCUGUUGGAUCCUCUGAGAAAGAAUAUGACCAGACUCAGCAAAAGAUUUCUGAGCUGAGGAUUUUGCUAGAGCAUGAGAGGAGUGAGAGGCGGCGGCUUGAGGAACAAUAUGAAGAGGUGAAAAAUGAAGUUAUGGAGCUGACAUCUGAGACUGAAGAGACCACUAUCCAGAAGCUACAGGAUGAAAUAAAAGAAUGCAAGGCUAUUCUCAAGUGUGGUGUCUGCUUUGACCGGCCUAAGGAGGUUGUUAUUACCAAAUGUUUCCACCUAUUCUGCUCACCAUGCAUUCAGAGGAACCUUGAGCUUCGCCACCGGAAAUGUCCUGGCUGUGGGACCCCAUUCGGACAAAAUGACGUUAGGGAGGUGAAGAUAUGAAGCUUCUCCAAAAUCAGACUGACUUGGUGUUUGAAUAGCACUAACCUGCGGGUGCUUCUCCCUUGUGAAUAUCGUCAUGUUCUCUUGGCAAACAUCUAGAUCUAACUCCCAUAUUGUGCCGUACAUAGAUGCUUCGUUACAAACAAAAGGAAAUUAAUCAGAAAAAAGGAAGUUCGUGAACUUUAA